CAAGAUAUUAAUUGGCUUUUCGCCUGUACCGAUAAUAGCAAUUAGCCAAUUACAAAACACAAAACACAAAACACAAGCCACUGAGAGAGGACCUUAGUUUAUUUUCAGUAAUGCCACAAAUGUCGGGGGAACUGCACGCUGCUUCGUUGCUUCACAUGAGGCGACUGAUGAAGUGUCUGGGAAUUCUGCCUUUUGGUCAGAAUAUAUUCGCGAAAGUAUUCUGCUACGUGCUACUCUUUAUAGCACUGGUAUUUUCGAGCUACUGGCGCUUCAGCUUCAACUAUGCAUUGGACUACGAUUUCCUGAAUGAUCCAUUUUCAAGCACCAUCGACCUGAGCAACUUUGUGGCCCUAAUUGUGAGUCAUGCGAUCAUCGUAAUGGAGCUACUUUGGGCCAAUUGCAGCAAGGAUGUGGAUAGGCAACUGCAGUCGAUCCACACCCAAAUAAAACUGCAACUGGGUACAUCAAAUACAACGGAUCGCGUGCGGAAAUAUUGCAAUUGGAUCUACGGUUCCCUAGUCAUACGUUGGCUAAUAUUUAUCGUAGUCACUGUGUAUAGUGAUCGCGCUCUUACCUUAUACGCCACCUAUUCGGAAUUGGUUUUGCUAGCGCGUUUUUCCGAGCUCACACUGUACUGUGCUGUGAUUUUGUUUCUGUACCAAGAACUUAUCGUCGGCGGUUCAAAUGUCCUGGAUGAACUGCACAGAACCCGAUUUGAGAUGUGGUCCAUACGCCGUUUAACACUGCAGAAAUUGACCAAAUUGCAAGCUAUCCACAACUCUUUGUGGCUGGCUAUCAGGUGUCUGGAGCGCUACUUUCAACUGAGUCUGAUCACGCUGCUCAUGAAGUUCUUCAUCGAUACAUCGGCUUUGCCAUACUGGCUCUACCUCAGCAGAGUUCAGCACACUGAAGUUUCCAUCCAGCACUAUGUCGCCACGGAUGAGUGCAUCAAACUCUUGGAAAUCGUAGUGCCCUGCUAUGUCUGCACACGUUGCGAUGCAAUGCAGCGAAAAUUUCGAUCCAUGUUCUACACAGUCACUACAGAUCGACGUAAUGGUCAGCUAAAUGCGGCUCUAAGAAGUCUGAAUCUUCAAUUGAGUCAGGAGAAAUACAAGUUUAGUGCCGCAGGAAUGGUGGACAUAAACACGGAAAUGCUGGGAAAGUUCAUUUUUGGCAUGAUCAGCUACAUUGUGAUCUGCAUCCAGUUUAGCAUCAGUUUCAGAGCCAAAAUCCCGAAGACAGUUGCCCAAAACAUCAGCACAUCCACAAGUGCCCCCGUUUAAGUGACGUCUUUGAAUCGAUUAUUUGUUGGGCAGUCUAGUCGCGUGCUUAUUAAAUUAAAGUCAAUUAACCUAAUUAGCAAAAUUGAUGUCUGCCCGUGCAUAAUCAAAAAAGGAAACAUGGACAACGGGCAAUCAAGGCAGCAGCAAGCAACAGCAGCUGGCCGAAAGUCUACUUCACAUAAUUAUUCAUGCUUAAAAAUUCUAUUAUAAACUUUUGCCAACGGCCACUGACCGUUCGUGUAGGACUAAGGACUCAGGACGCAGGACGCAGGACUAAGGAUACAGGGAGGACCUGGGGAUACUUGUGCUCAGCUCUGGGGCUUGUUGGCCACGCAUGGCCAAUCUGUCAGGGGUUCAUACGUAAACUAAUGUAUCUGUAAGAUACACUUGUAAAGUGGCCAUUUAUAUUUCAAUUGUAUACAACUUAAAA